CGAGGAAUGUUUUAGCAGGAAAGCUAAUUAGCUAGCUAACGUUAGCGUCCAGAUUAGCUCCUGUAAAUCAAGUUAAGACUACAGAACGCGAGUAUAACUAACUGCUAAGACUUUUAAAUGAGUACUGAGAGUGAACACAAGUACUUCUGUCGCAAAUUAAGUUUAGAGGAAUGCUGUACAAAUACCAGGAAUUGUAAAAUCCCUGUAGGAAUACUACCAAAUACACCCACUAACGGUUUAUACCCUCUAGGGAGUUUGUCUAGUACCAUAAAGUUACCCUCAUGCAGCUAGAUAACAUACAUGCUACUGUAUGUUUGGUUGUUGUUCAGUAACGCCACACCUGUCAAGGUGUGCAGCACGAGGCACAGGUGACAGGUCAUUUCACCUUCUUUUGGAAUGUGUUCAAUAACAACACGUGCGUGGGAAAUAUCUUAAUAUCAGAGAUUAAGUUUUAAGAUAAGAUGAAUCUUGUGUUUUUGUAAAUUAAAGUGUAAAUCACAGUGGAGCUGGUUGGUAUUAAUUUAAGUCACAUAGGACAUUUGAUUGGGUAAUUUGAGGAUUUUUCUGCUUUUUGUUAUUGUGAAUUAAAUAAAUUAAGCAACAGGAAGAUGACACCAUGUGCUUUAGAAAACUGUGAUGGGCAAAAUCAAAAUAUUGUCAUUUGCAUCUCUAAAUUAAUCUAGAUUAUCAAAAUCACAAUUAAUGUAUUUUCUAUUAAAUAGUCUGUGAUGCAACCUGUUUGUUUACAGGGAGGUGAUGUCAUGUUCAGUAAGAUUUGUGGCUACCUGCUCAGGUGACCUACCUGGCUCUAAACACCUCCAUUGUCUUUGUUCACAACGCCCACACUCAGUGAGCACCAGCUGUGGUUUGUUGAAGUGUGACAGAUUGUGCUCGCUGACCUCGGGGAGAAGUCGUCUCUAACUGGGACAGCCUGUGCCGGAUCCGGGCUUAUUUUGGCUCUGCUCACCAUGCUAAUAAUCUUCCUCUUGCGGUGAGCUGCCUGGUGGACAGUCGGAGGUAUCAUGGCGGAGCUGCCUAUCGCCCCGGGCGAGGUCUACAUCGAGGUGGAGUACGACUACGAAUACAAGGCCAAGGACCGCGACAUCAUCAUCCACCAGGGGGAGUGCUACAUGCUGGUCAAGAAGACCAACGAGGACUGGUGGCAGGUGAGGAAGGAGGAAGGGACUAAAGCGUUCUACGUACCUGCUCAGUACGUCCGCGAAGUGCGCAAAGCCCUCAUGCCGCCUCCGAAACCUCUCCAGCAUCCUCCCGCAGCCACUGGCAGCUCGCCUCCUCACAGUGGGGGUGGUGCACUCUGGGUAAAGCCCACCAGCCUGGAUCUGGGACUCCACGGCCCGUCCACGGAGAACCUCCACAGACACGAGUCCAGCAAUCGGCGCUCACCCGCCGCACAAACCGCCUCCUCGGGCCAUUUCAGUCCGCCCAGUCAGCGCCGGGACAGCAGCCACCAGUACCCCCCCAGCAGUCCCACCGACCACGACCAAGCUCUGGCGGACGUUCUCUUCCACGCCGGAGCCCUCCAACCCCCUCAGAGAAGAAGGUCCGGCACUCUCCCCCACACCCGAGCUCGAUCCCCAGACCUGGAGCGAGCUUCGCUGGACGUGGACAACGCCCACCACUCUGACUCUGCAGGGGAAGACAGACGCACCAACGACUCUGAGUCGGGAGACGAGCUGAGCAGCAGCUCCACUGAACAUCCACAGACGGUAUCUUCCUCGGGCCACGGCCGCUCCGAGUCGCCCGUCUACACCAACCUCCAGGAGCUGAAGAUCACCCAGACCAACCUGCCCCCUUCCCCCUCCGGCUCCUGCCUCCACGUGAUGGGUGACUGGGAGACCUACAAGGACCAGAACGGUCGGCACUUCUACUACAACCGGUCCACCCAGGAGAGGACCUGGAAGCCGCCGCGAGCCAAGGACUCCAGCACCGGCAGCUCCAGAGGAGAGUGCCAAAGCGUAGGAGAGAGCUCCGAGACCACUCCUCUCUCGCUCUCGCCGUCUUUCUUUCCCUUCCUCUCGCUCUCCAUCGGCCGCCUCCAGCCUCUGUCGUCGGAGGACACCUGCUUCAGUACCUACUCUAGCCAGUCAGACAGUCAGUAUGGGUCGCCGCCGCUUGGCUGGUCGGAGGAGAUGGACGAGCACGGCCACACGCUGUACGUCAGCGACCAUACCAACGAGAAGUGGUUAAAACACGUGGAUGAGCGGGGCAGACCAUAUUACUACAGCGCAGAUGGUUCCAGGUCAGAAUGGGAGCUGCCGAAGUACAACCACUCCCCCCCCCAGCUGUCAAGAGACGCUCUGAAGAGCUACAGUCUGGACAGGAAACACGUCGAUCCCAUCGUCCUCACCAAGUGGAGACACAGCGCCUUCAUCCAAGACGCCAACGACAAGCGGCUGUCAAAAACCAGGCGUUUCCGCGCAGGCUCGGCCCGCCGACACCCGUACAAACACCAAGACGCUCCUCUGGGCCCCAAGCCCUCCUCCCCCGACUCCGACUCCUGCCCUUCGUCUCCCAAGCCCCCCGACUCUCCGUCUGAAAAGUGUGGCGUUCUGAACGUGACAAAGAUCACCGAGCACGGCAAGAAAGUACGGAAGAACUGGACGUCUUCCUGGACCGUGCUGCAAGGGUCCACGCUUCUAUUCGCCAAAGGCCAAGGAGGCGGGUCCAGCUGGUUCGGAGGCGUUCAGUCCAAACCAGAGUUCACUGUGGACCUGAGGGGCGGCUCGGUGGAAUGGGCUUCCAAGGACAAAUCCAGCAAGAAGCACGUUAUAGAGGUGAAGACUCGUCGGGGCACGGAGCUGCUGAUCCAGUCGGAUAACGACGGCUUGGUCAACGACUGGUACCGGACGCUGCAGGACACCAUCAGCACCCAUGCCUGGGAGUCUGACGAGGCCAUUGAAGAGGACAUGCCAGAGUCGCCUGGUGCUGAGAAAAACGACAAGGAGAAAGACCAGAGAGACUCAAAGAAAGGCCGAGCCAUGAAGACCUCCACCAGCAUGGACGCCACCGACAACAAGAAGACCAGACACAAGCUGAAGAAGUUCCUGACCCGCCGCCCCACCCUGCAGGCCGUCAGAGACAAGGGAUACAUCAAAGACCAGGUGUUCGGCUGCAGUCUGUCCAGCUUGUGUCACAGGGAGAGCGACACGGUGCCGAUCUUUGUGAAGAUGUGCAUCGACCACGUGGAGAGCAGCGGUCUGUGUAUAGACGGGCUGUACAGAGUUAGUGGGAACCUGGCCAUCAUACAGAAACUACGCUUUGUUGUCAACCACGAUGAGACGGUGAACCUGAAGGAUGAGAAAUGGGAGGACAUCCAUGUGACCACGGGAGCUUUAAAGAUGUACUUCAGAGAGCUGCCGGAGCCUCUCUUCACCUACGCUCACUUCCAUGACUUUGUCAGCGCCAUCAAGAUUUCAGACUACAGGCAGCGAGUUCAGUCCGUCAAGGAUCUGGUCCGACAGCUGCCCAAACCCAACCACGACACCAUGCAGGCUCUCUUCAAACACCUCAGGAAGGUGAUCGAACACGGCGAUGAAAACCGCAUGAACACCCAGAGCGUGGCCAUCGUGUUCGGCCCCACGCUGCUGCGGCCCGAAACGGAGACCUGGAACAUCGCGGUCCACAUGGUCUACCAGAACCAGAUAGUGGAGCUAAUACUGCUGGAGUACGAGAACUUUUUCGGCAGGUAGAAAGAGACGCCGGGAGAUGAGCCUCUUGGUUUUUUUUUUUCUCUCUCUUGCUCUCUUUCUCUCUCCCAACGCAGAGCCUGGAUUGGCUCGGCCUGGCUCGGCUCGGUCCAGCUUCUCUUCAUCUCAAACCAACCUGCGACCACUGGCUCCUCCAAUCGUACAACCUCCGGACCAAUGCCACGCCAAUACGUCAGGAAAACCAAACCAUAGCUGUAACUAACUAGCGACCCAAAAAAAAAAAGAAAAGGUUUAGACUCUUUGCACUUUCCAGUGUCUCAUUUUCUGUCCUGCAGCUACAUUUGUGCCACUUUACUGCAAAAGGGUGACGUCCUCCUGUCGCGACACUGGAUUCCUAAAAGUAGUGAACAAGCCUCUACUACUGCUGCACGGACCGACUGAGACCAAAGCAGAAGGAUGGAGGAGCCUCUAAUUACAGAGGAGGCCUCACUAGUGGAGGUUGGAGAAUGCACUGUACUGUAUUACCUGAUCCAUGUAUCAUCACUUGUAUGAACCACACUGGGGAACCAAAAGAGGAAACUAAACUGCUGUGCUUGGCUUUAGACGUUUAGACACUAAGAGAAGAAACAGGAAAAGGAGAAGAAGGGAUGAUAUGGAGGUCCUUUUUUUUAUUGUUAGGAUUAAUAUGAACAUUUUCUGCCAUUGCCGGACUGCUCUUCCUUUCACAAUGUCUUUAUUUAAAAGUAUUUUGUUUCCUUCUGCCUCUUUCCAUCGCUCUGGAUUUUCCUCUCCUCCCUUUUCUUCCUGUAAUCCUGAACACACUGGACCCUCUGAACACAUAAGAGGUUAUCACUCUGUAAUAUAUCUGCAGGCCGCCUGCUCCAUUUAGCUUUAAGAACAAAUCUUCAAGUAGUCAGAAGUUAAAGAAUAUAAAUCAAACAAAGGUACUCAGUGGUGUCUUUCCUGGACUCUUGGAUAUUAAACGUGAAGGCGUACGACCUUUUGAACACGACUCCGUUGAUAAAUGUGUACAGUGUUUUAUGUGUGCAUGAGGAUGAGGGUGGGGCGGACGGAUGAAUGGAAAUCAAUGUCAGUAUAUUGUACAAAUAGUAAAUAUAAGUAUGUAUGCCUGGAAUGUUGAAAAUAUGACAGGAGGGAGAAAUCACUAUUUUGUGAUCAUUGUGUGACCAACAGAUGUGAGGGAUGAAGUGAUGAACUGGGGAUGUGGAGGUUUACCUGCGCGUUGCGUAAACGGAAGUUGUUGAAUGUAAAUCUUGAGAGUAACUGUUGGCUUUAACGAACUGGAAUAAAGAGCUCUAAUAAGAGAUAUUUCCAAA